AUGGAGCCCCGGAUUCCCCACAACAUCACCGUUGUCCCCAACUCUGUGAUGGUCCAGCCCUUGCUGGACAGUCGGAUCCCCUAUGGGCGGCUGCAGCAUCCGCUCACCAUCCUGCCGAUCGACCAAAUGAAGACAACUCACAUAGAGAACGACUACACCGACAACCCCACCGCUUCCCAGCUGGCAGCCCAGAAGCGUCCCCGAGGCCCCCAUGAACUGGUCUUGACCAACCAGCACCUGCAGCGCUGCGAGCAGGAUGUCACCCACCCCUGGAUUUCGUUCAGCGGGCGCCCCAGCUCCAUCAGCAGCAGCAGCAGCACAUCUUCAGACCAAAGGCUCUUGGACCACAUGGCCCCGGCGCCCGUGGCAGAGCAGUCCUCCCCCAGAGCAGUUCGCAUUCAGCCCAAGGUGAUUAACUGCAAACCCCUGGACCUGAAGGGCCCCGUGUCUCAGGAACUGGACAAGCACUUUCUCCUGUGUGAAGCCUGUGGGAAAUGCAAGUGUAAGGAGUGCGCGCUACCCCGGACUCUGCCGUCCUGCUGGGUGUGCAACCAAGAGUGCCUCUGCUCGGCACAGAACCUGGUCAACUACUCCACCUGCAUGUGUCUCGUCAAGGGCGUCUUCUACCACUGCACCAACGAGGAUGACGAGGGCACGUGUGCCGACCACCCUUGCUCCUGCUCCCACUCAAACUGCUGUGCCCGCUGGUCCUUCAUGAGCGCCCUCUCCCUGGUGCUCCCUUGCUUGCUCUGCUACCUGCCAGCCACCGGCUGCGUCAAGCUGUCCCAGAGAUGCUACGACCAAGUGAGCCGGCCCGGAUGCAGAUGCAAAAACACAAACAGUGUCAUUUGCAAGGCAUUGCCAGAGAGCAAAGGAAGCAGGCCAGAAAAGCCCUUUUGA